AGAGGAGAGAGCGCGCAUAGUAACACCCGCCAUGGCGAUGCUGCUGAAACCAAUCUCUCAUCACCACUUCUCACUAGCCCCUAAAUUCAAAGAACCCAGAAACCCAUUUCCCAGUUCAAGACCAUCUCUCAAUUCAAUCUUCAAUUCCUCCAAACCCAUCAACCAUUCAUUGUCGUCUUCAUCAUCAUCUUCAUCAUGCGACACUUCACAUCAAGCUCUCACAUUGGUCCAUGAAUUCAACCCCCAAAUCCCAAUUCAAGAAGCUUUAACCCCACCAAGCUCAUGGUACACUGACCCUUCUUUCUUCUCUCUUGAAGUCGAUCGUGUCUUCUACAGGGGUUGGCAGGCUGUUGGAUAUGCUGAACAGAUUAAAGAACCUCAUGAUUUUUUCACUGGCAGGUUGGGAAAUGUGGAAUAUGUGGUAUGCCGUGAUGACAACGGCAAAAUACAUGCAUUUCACAACGUGUGUCGCCAUCAUGCUUCUAUUCUUUCCUUUGGAAGUGGGAAAAAAUCUUGUUUUGUAUGCCCUUAUCAUGCAUGGACAUAUGGGUUGGACGGAGCACUUAUCAAGGCUACCAGAAUAACAGGAAUCAAGAACUUCGAUGUGCAUGAGUUUGGACUUAUUCCAUUGAAAGUAGCUAUUUGGGGGCCAUUUGUUCUUCUGAAUUUGGAGAAAGAGAUUGUGCCUCAAGAAGAACCUGAUAGCAACACCGUAGGAAAUGAAUGGCUUGGUAGCUCAUCAGAAAUACUGAGUACCAAAGGAGUAGAUUCCUCAUUGAGUUAUGUUUGCAGACGUGAAUAUACCAUUGAAUGUAACUGGAAGGUGUUUUGUGACAACUACUUAGAUGGUGGCUAUCAUGUACCAUAUGCACAUAAAGGCCUUGCAUCUGGCCUUAAGCUAGAGUCCUACUCUACCACAAUGUUUGAGAAGGUGAGCAUCCAAAGAUGUGAUGGUGAUCAAGUGGAAAGUGAAGAGGAUUUUGAUCGGCUUGGAUCGAAAGCUCUUUAUGCUUUCAUUUAUCCGAAUUUCAUGAUCAAUAGGUAUGGGCCCUGGAUGGACACCAAUCUAGUACUUCCACUGGGACCUCGGAAAUGCCAAGUGGUAUUUGAUUACUUUCUCGAUGCUUCUCUCAAGGCUGACAAAGCUUUCAUAGAGAGGAGCUUACAAGACAGUGAGCGAGUGCAGAUGGAAGAUAUAGUAUUGUGUGAAGCAGUACAGAGGGGCUUGGAAUCGCCAGCAUAUUGCUGUGGUCGAUAUGCACCAACUGUUGAAAAGGCCAUGCACCAUUUCCACUGCCUGCUGUAUGAGGAUCUUAGUAAGUAAUAUAUUUUGUAUACUAAAAUGUAACUUCCUGUGGGAACCAAAAUGUCUUUCCUGCACAUUUUUUUCCCGUUGUGCUAUAUAAUAGUUCGCUAGAACUUUGAUGGUCAUUUUUUUCCCACUUGCUUUUGGUG